AUGAAUUUCACCCUUCCCUCACAAUAUUAUUUGGUGGAUAUUUCGUUUUUAUUUGAAUUACAACAUGAUUUGAAGGUAGAGAAGCAAUUCUUUCAGGAGAAUCCUCAGGUAGGUGCUCUCGCUCAUUGGACCAUCUUGGGUGCCUUGGUGAAUGGAACAGAUCUACCCGAUUGGCUCCGAAAGGAAUUGGCACUCAACGAAGCGAAAUGGGAUUUGGAAGAUCAAUUGUUGAGUCGAGUGCCACAAUUACACGCAUGGAUUUGGGAGAAGGAUUCCAUUCAUUCUGCCUUGUCGAAUGGAUUAUUCAACUCUUACACGGAAGGAACACCUAUUGUGUUUUAUAUGCAUUGUGAAGCUGGAAUGGAUCGAACUGGAGAAGUGGCAGGAGCUUAUUAUUUGAAAUAUUUCAAGUGGACCUUUAUACAAACCUUGACUUAUGAUUAUCACAUUGAGGAACAUCCAAGACCUAUUGAGUGGGCAAAUCAAAAUGCAUUGAAUUGGUUUUGUUGGCAUUUGUUUUAUACGGAGGGUUAUCCUUUGGAUUGUGGAAGAUCCUUGCCAAGACAAGGAAUAUAA